AUGCGAUCCGUAGGCGAGGCUGCAGCAGCGCGCAGUAUCGGCUACGCCGUGGGCGUGUACGACCGCAAGACCAAGGUGCGGCUUUGCAAUGUAAACCAGAUCUACGUCAUGCAGCAGGCCACCAAGAACGCGUCCGAGAACCAGAGCAAGCGCAUCCAGAAGAGCCGCGAGGAGAACAUCGUGGACCUCGAGCACAUCAGCGGUGCCGCCUCCGUCACGCCGCAGACGCUGCAGAAGAAGAUCUCGGCCGCCAAGAAGCAGCUCGAGGACGAGAGAAGUAGUCAAAGGAAUCACUCUAAGGCCUGUUCAUUCUGCAUUUCGCCUCAAGCACACCAAGCCAAGUCCCCAAGCACCACCUCAUCGUCAACAAUGGGCCGCAAGGACAAGAAGCAGCAACAGGCCAAGGAGGAGCAGAAGCCCGCCGCCGAGAAGAACGCCGGCAACGCCAAGGGAGGCAAUAAGGAGCAGCCCGCCAAGGAGGAGAAGCAGAAGGGCGGCAAGAAGGGCAAGAAGUAA